CUAGGGAUCGCUGUCACGGACUGACAGGUCGCUCCCACCCGGUGUAGCCGUUAGCUCGGCGGUACUUUCUGCUGCUGCCUUGUCUUGGAAUGCUUUAGCGGCAGAGAGCGAAGCGAAAACUGAGAUGCGAGAACAAUAAAACUCCAAGUUGGCUUCGUUCAAAAAGGAAAAUAACAACAACCAAAUCACUCCGGUUGGAAAGAAAGAGGGAGAAGCUGAGUGAGAAGGGAAGAAGAGAGCAGCAGAGCGGCCAUGGACCACCAGCGGCAGAGGACUCUGUCCACUUCAGGAGAAUCACUCUACGUUGUCCUCGGAAUCGACAAGAACGCCACAACAGAGGACAUCAAGAAAUGUUACAGAAAACUGGCGCUGAAGUUUCACCCCGACAAAAACCCGGACAACCCGGACGCGGCUGAAAAGUUUAAAGAAAUAAACAACGCUCACUCCAUCCUGGUGGAUCCCACCAAGAAGAACAUCUACGACAAGUACGGCUCCCUGGGCCUCUACGUGGCGGAGCAGUUCGGAGAGGAGAACGUCAACACCUACUUCGUUCUGUCCAGCUGGUGGGCCAAGGCUUUGUUCGCCUUCUGUUGCCUGGCAACAGGUUGCUACUGCUGCUGUUGCCUGUGCUGCUGCUGUAACUGCUGCUGCGGUAAAUGUAAACCCCGGCCGCCAAUGGACCAGGAGCCCGAGUUCUACGUGUCCCCUGAGGACCUGGAGGCCCAGAUGACUGCAGAUGAGAGAGACGGCAGCGAUCCCAUCGUCAUGCAGCCGUCAUCAGCCACAGAAACCACCCAGCUCACCUCUGAAGCGCACCAAAGCUACAAAACCGACUCCUACUAGACACACACACACACACACACACACACAGCAGAAAGAGGCUGCUAGGGCUGGGAUAUCAUUAAUAUUUGUCCUACACAUCAGUAUCGGGUGGAUUUAGCUGCACCAACUUUAACCCACUCCCUCGUCUUCCUAAAGACGCUGAAGCUUUUUGGCCAAACUUUUGCCGCUGUUUCAGUUGUGUUGCUUUGAGCUUUGUGUUCAAAUCUCUGUUAAAAUAUCACAUUUUUGUGGCACUAAAAAUUAAACUGCAGUUGAAAUUAAUAAACUUGUUUGGAAUAUAGAAUAAUUUAAAAAAUGGACUGGCAAAAUUUUGCCAAAUCAACCCUAAAAGUUGCCAAAAGUUGACCGUGUCUAGUUGCUCAACGCCGUUUUGAAAACGUUUAUUUUCUGCACCACGUGUUUGUGGGUUUUUGUACCGUUUGAGUGUGUUGCUCUUUCAGCUCUUGGCCUUUUUUUGAGUCUGUCUGCGAUUCAGCAAUUACUACAUUAAUCCAAUAAUCGAUUAAUGGUGAUUAAUUUGAUUUAUUGCCUUUGCUAUCAUCAUAAUCUGGAGAGGGUGUUGCUCCAUUUAACACUUAGUUGAUUUCUAAAAUAGAUUAUUGCUAUAAUCGAUUGAUUAAUUUGAUUAAUUGUGUCAGCCAAUCAUGGUCAUCAGCUGUUGUUCCAGUUACACUGUAUACUUCCUAACGAUUAAUCCAUUACUCAGUUGACGAAUAUUCAAUUAUCGAUUAAUCAUUCUGGCUCUAAAAUGCUGGACUUUAUAUUUGAGUAAAUUAUGUUAACUAAAUCUUUAAUAUUUUUAACGGAGCCUUUCUGAACUGCACCUUUUUAUUUUCUUCACACUAACAGAAUGUGCUCAGAAAAACUGACAUUUUUAUUUAAAUUUUAAAUUAAAACUAAAUAAAAGCCAGAUCUGAAAGGAUAUUUAGGAAAUCCAGCAUUAGUUUCCGAGCCGCUCUGAUGUUUCUCAGCAGAUCGGGAUAUUUUAACAGAGAAAAGCUUCAGAUUUUAUUUGUCUCCACUGUGUGUAAAGAUGCAACCCAGCCCUAACAGCAGCUCAUACACACACACACACACACUCACAUCCCUGCCAGUUUUCCACUUCCUCUCUUUUUCAACCUCAUCCUGCAGAUGAAAGUAGACGUGAGCGCUCCGUGUUUUUUAAACUUUCAGGUAUGAAGUUAGGGGAAGAAUAGGGACAGUAGCAAAUUAAUCAUUUGUUCCAGUAGCUUUAAUUAUAUCAGCCAUGACCCAUCAGAACAAAAUCAGCUGUAAAAAUUGAAUUUUUCCCUUAACAAAACUACUUUAAUAGAGAUGAAAUAUCUAACUUUAUGCAAUAACGUUUAACAGUUUUAUUUAAAAAAGUGGUUUUCUUUGAAGAUGGGAAAUUAUUCCACCUAAUUUGAAUAAUUAAUAAUAAUUUAAUGUCUGUAUAAUCACCAGCAUUACUUUGAAUGCCAGACUAUUCUUCCUGAAUCUACAAAAACAAAUUAUGGAAACUUUCCAGUUUAGUGAUGGGAUUAUGUCUGUCCCAUCAGAUUUAAGAACCAUUUUGAUUUGGGUUUUCUGUUUGAUCACAGCCGAUUCUUCCUCUUCUCCAUUUCUUUUUCUUCCUCAUAUGAAGGCUUGUUCAGUGUUGAAAACAGAGGCCACAGAAACUCUGCUGGUUUCAACCGGCCUCUUUGUUAUUGUAAAAUAGCUCUAGAACAGUAAAUAAGCGCCCUCUAGCGGCCAUCGGUGUGAAUUUAUACACUGAUUUGACCCGGUUUUUUUAGUUUUUGUUUUGUGAAAUGGUAAAAAUGCUGUACAUGUUGUGUAAAGUUACUGUAGAUUUUACUGUAUUUUUGUUUGUUUUCUUGUCUGCAUCUGUAUUUGCUUUCUCCUUGUUUUUGUUUUCCUUGUUUAUGUUGUUCAUGAAGGGAUGAUACUGAUAUCCAAAGUCUUAUUUAAUUGUAUUUUCGUAGAAAAGCAGUUUACAACAAUCAAUCUCAUUAAGCGAGAUUUAUUUAUCCUACAUAAACCUUUACGCAAACCGAAUCAAUUUUAUAAAACCGGGUGUUUUUUCACUUUGAUUC